ACGAACGUAUAAAUAAACAGCAUAUGAGAUCUACGUAUGAUAUAAAAGACAACAUGUGGCUUGGCGUCAGUUUGGAUGUUCAGCAUCAUCCCACUCAAAAGGAUAUAAUCACUUGUGCCCAUUUGAGAAAAAAUGAACUUACUGCUACCAAUGGACAUCGAUAUCAUUUAGCAAAUGGUGCUUGCUACGUCAUAAAUAGUGAAUUAAAUUCAAGUAGUGUCAAAACGUUGAUGCCAUUACCCCAUAGAUCAAAAGAAGCACUAGAUCCGCUGCGGUUGGAUUACAACGCUGUGGCACAAGUAGGAGCUUCAGCAACAUAUUCUGAGGAAUGCUGUGAAGAAAGGGUAGUACCUCCUGCGUCACAGUUUCCCUGA